AUGAAACCAAGCAAAUUUGAGAUGUAUCAUAAGUUGUAUGGAAAUAAUUGUAUUUUCUUUACAGAAGCAGCAUUUAUAAUGGUUUUACAAGGCUUUUAUAGAUAUAUCUACAGUGCUUUCCUGAUUAUAUCCAUACUGAAGAUAUCUGAUGCUGUGUUUAACUUUCGGUGUCCUGUUCAGUCACACUGGUCACAUAGAGCUGACACUAUUUGUGGCUCUAACAGAAGUUACUUUUGCUUGUUUGAUAAGAAUGGAAACAAUUUGGUUGAGUUUUGUAGAGAUAAACACGAUUUUGAAGCACCAGGAAGAAAACUUAUAGUUGCUGGGUCAUCCGAAGGAACACUUCAAGGAAAUGAUUGUGGUACCAAUGUCUAUCAACCUUUUAAAUUCCUAUCCUCUGGAAACAGUCGAUGUGUUUAUAAAAAAUCUGACUGCAGUGAAGAAGGACAAGUCGUUUUUAGAAAUGGAACAGAAAAAAAUGAUAGAUCAUGCAGAUGUGAUUAUACGAGAGGAUAUAAUUUUAUAACACGACCAAAUCAUCCAUGUUUGUGUGUACCAUCUAAAGAAGAUUGUUCCUGUUAUCAUAAAAUAUGUCCAACUAAAUACAUUUUAUCACCAGAAUUACAAAAGGAAAUUCUUCACCAUUGGUCCACUGUUCUCGAUAAAUUUGUUUUAACAAAAGCCGCACAUUUCCUAUAUCUGCACAUCCAGACAAAAAACGUAAUUGCUAUUAUAGGACCAACAGGGACGGGUAAAUCAGCAUAUGCUUAUCAUAUAGCAUUCAGAUUAAAGAACGAAUAUGAUUAUACAAUUGUACCUGCCAGACAGCCGACAGAUCUUUUACAAUAUUACGUACCAGCACUCGUAUGCGAUUUACAUGCAGAAGAUUUGAGAUUAACUGUGUCAGAAAAACGAAAAAUCUUUGAUGCAUAUAUCGACAAAAGUGACGUAGCACCAUUGAAUGACGAAAUUAUAAUGAUGUAUACUUUUUUUCCCUCUUUAUGUUCGGAAUUUUCAUCGAAGAACGUUGAUGAAAUUGAAAGGAUUUUUACCAUGCCCGUUCAGUUCAUCGAAGAAGAAAUAAAUAAUUACGAGGAAAAAUCACAAGUGCGUUACAUGUCUUUAGCUGUGCUUGCUCUAGCACAAAAAAUCACUAAAAAAUCAUUUAUUGAUGACAUUGAAAAUGAAGAGUUGAUAAAAACCUUGUUUGCAGAAUCUGGUUUUCAAACAUGUCCAUCAAAAAAAGUUAUAAUAAGUCACCUCGUGGCUUUGACUGACACAUAUGUAAGGGUUCAAAACGAUUGUUUCGAAUUUAUCCAUGAAACCAUGCAAAAUAUAGUUCUUUAUGGCAUUGCAAAAACAUGCUUAAUAUCUGUACUGAAGUACUGUAAAAUUGAUGUGUUCAAAAAUCAAGUACGAUUGGCAUGUGUAAACGAAGAACAGACCGUUCCUGUCAUAAAAGUUAGAUCGGAGCAUGAACAUGCUUAUUUCACACGUCUUACUAGAGAACUAAGCAAAGGACAGUAUAGUGAGGUCUUUAGAAAUAAUCAAAAUGACUGUGUAAUAUUCAGGCAGAAAUGGUUAGUCCACCUAAAUAAGAUGCAACAGAACAUUCCGUCGAGAACGAAUUUAGUUGGUUUGUCUACCGUUCUUCGUCUUGUUUCAUCGUUAGGUUAUGCAGAUUAUGUUUCUCAUUUUAUUAGAAUUGACGCCCAAAUCGUUGAUCGAGUCGAUGCGAACGGAAACACACCCUUGCACCUAGCAUCCUUAAAUGGUCAUCUUGAUACAGUCAAAUGUCUGGUUGAAUAUAGUCGAAAUGUUCAUGCUUUAAACAAUGACAAAGUAUCACCUUUUUUCUAUGCAUGUGAACAUAACGAAAUCCUAGUCGUUAAAUAUUUCACCAAUUUGGAGGGUGAUUUGGUUAAAAUCAACGAAACGUAUACGAGGAAAGAGCAGCGAAGUGUUCUUCACGUCUCAUGUCUAUCCGGUUUUACCCACAUCGUGCAAAUACUGCUUGACCAUCAUGCUAUUGUUAAUAUACAAGAUAAACAUGGAUUAACGCCGUUACAUUUAACUUGUUUGAAUGGACAGUAUAAUACUGCUUUAUUGUUACUAGUUAACAAUCUAACUCGUCCCAAUAUAAAUGCAUUAAUUGCUCGAGCCAAUAUUAAUGCAUUUGACAGAUUACAAAGAACUCCUAUUUAUUAUGCAUGUACUGGGAAUUAUAAAGACAUUGUAGAACUUCUAAUUGAAUAUAUGGCAGAUCUGAAUACAUGCACAUCAAACGGAUUUACACCACUACAUGCAGCCUGUGAGCAAGGGAGUAUUGACAUAGUAGAUAUUUUGAUUCAAAAUCAUUCCAACGUAAAUGCAAAGGAGAAAACAGGCAUGACACCUCUCUAUGUUGCAAGUAAAAUUGGAAAUGAACAUAUUGUAAAAUCGUUGAUAGACAAUGGUGCUUUGGUUAAUUCAGCUACAAAUGAUGACUUUACGCCUUUUAGUAUAGCUUGCGGUAAUGGGCAUCAGAAUGUUGCAAAUAUUCUCUUGAACAAUAAUGCCAACUACCAACAGAGAAAUAAAAAUGGAUGGACAGCUUUUUUAUUUAGUUGUGCCAGAGGUCACUCUGAUAUAGUAAAGAUGCUGUUGAAUUUAGAGAUUGAUGUCAACAUUCCGAAUAAAGAUGGAACAACGCCUCUGAUGUUAGCCUGUAGAGAAAAACACACGAAUAUAGUACAGUCACUUCUGGUAUCAAAUGCAGAUGUAAAUCAGUGUAAUUAUUUUAAGUCUUCUCCUUUAGAAUUUGCUUGUUAUGGUAGGAAUAUUGAUAUAGUCAAUUUAUUACUUGAACAUGGUGCCAGUACCAACUUGGCGAACACAAAUGAAAUAACCCCUCUUCAUACUGCUUGCAUAAACAAUCAUGCACAGGUUGUGACCGUUCUGGUUGAGAAAAGGGCUGAUGUUAAUGCAGUAGAUGUUCUUGGUGAGACUCCUCUUUAUAAAGCAUGCUUCAACGGUGAUAUUGAAAUAGUUGAAAUACUGCUUAAAAAAGGAGCAAAAAUCAACAUAACAGACAUUUCUGGAAAGUCUUCUGUAGCCAUAGCAAACGAAAAAGGGUUUAUUAGUAUUGUCGAGCUUUUAGACAAUGCAAAUAAAGUUUGA